AUGUCGAACAUACCGAGCAUGCUGAGCGGUCCGGCGCAGCAGCGGCUGGAGGACAUGCCCUGGCUGGCUUCCGGUCCGUCGUUGGAAUACCAGCAGGGCAUCUCGCCGAUCCCCGCGGGAGUAAAGAUGUGCCAUCCCGGCGGCGGCACUGCCCAGAGGAGCCUCAAGGAGCAACGGAUACGUCGUCCGAUGAACGCGUUCAUGGUCUGGGCAAAGGUCGAGCGCAAGAAGUUGGCCGACGAGAAUCCGGAUCUCCACAACGCCGAUCUCAGCAAGAUGCUGGGAAAGAAAUGGCGAGGACUGACGCCGCAAGACAGAAGGCCCUACGUCGAAGAGGCCGAAAGGCUUCGGGUCAUACAUAUGCAAGAACAUCCGAAUUACAAGUACAGACCGCGGCGUAGGAAGCACGCGAAACGGACACCCGGUGCACCGUCCUCGCCUCCCUCGGCGACCAACACCGCGGGCAACAGGUCCAACCCUACCGGCCCGACGAUUCAUCAUUCCAUGUCCAAGAUGGACAGUUACCAGGGCAUACCUCAAAUCCCGUGGGGUGGCCAUUCCCCGAUCUCAUCCUUAUACCAUCAACAGCAGCAGCAGAGUAUCCAGGAAUACAAGUCGGAAAAUAAUUCGCUUUACGGCAGCCCGUACACGCCCAUCAUUCACACCCCGGACAUAUCUCCGGUGGCGAGUCCCGAGCCUGACGGUGACGGCGGCCAUCUAUCGUCUGCUCAGAAUCCGGAUCCGGAACGAGAUCUGAUGGAAGGUACCUCGAAGCAACACGGAGAUAUGACCGAUCAGAAACGAUACACCUUUAUGAGUAGCGACAAUCAAUUGCACACUGGUCACGCUAGCAAUACUAACGUAUCGUCAUGUCAAAAUUCCGGCGGUUAUACGGAUACUUUAACAUAUAAAAAAUCCGUGGGUUACUUGAAUUUUGAGAGACAAUCUACGAGCAUAGCCGCGGUGGGCAUUGCAAAUGGUAUGAUGGUAUCGUGCAACAAGCUACGCUCCGGUUUUGACAACGUUGGCUCCGUCACGGGCACGUUUUAUCCGCCGGUCGCCUCGCCGCACGAUCAAUCUUUGCAGCAUUACAGCGGCACGCAAUCGUCCAAGAGCGCGACGAACUAUUCGAUGCAGUCCACUGUCGAGAGCAAUUAUAAUCCGGUCCAAUGCGCCGGCAAUCGACAGCAGUCCAUAGGGAUUCGCGGAGCCGAAAGUUGUUCCGGCACAGUGACGCACCGAUACCAAAUGCCGCAUCAUCAGGAAUAUCAGACGGACUCGAGCAGCGCUCAGCAGCACACGAUUCUUGGCGGCCACAUCGAUCCCGGCAUGAGUGCUGAGGAAGAUCAUCAGCAACAGGCAUUACAGUUGGAAAAGUAUUUCAAAUAUUCCCAUCCGACGAGCGUGGCACACUCGAGCCUGUCCUCGCAGAGUAUGUUGGACAGCAAUCAUAACUACGCCAGUGAUCUACGCUAUUACGGGGCACCGUCCCAGUUGGAUAUAUCAAACUCUCAGUGCAUCGUUGACGAUCAACAGAGCAGUAAGGACGCUCGUUGCUCUAACGUCGCGAUCGGUCAUACUAUGGAGCAGUAUCAUCAACAGAAUCUAGAAGUGUCCAAGUAUCCGGAUCAUUCGGCUUCGCAACAACAGCAUCAACAGCCGCAAUCGCAACAGCAGCAGCAGCAGCAGCAGCAGCAGCAGCCUCAAAAUAUGGAACAUGUGCCCAAGGCUGACGACGAUUUCAGUGUUAUACUUGCGGAUGUGCGCAAGACUUGCUACAGUAGCUAGUGUUUCUUCUUUUACGGAUACGUUUUUGGGAUUGAUGGAUUGACAGUUUUGAUGUGAGGACAGUUGUUUUAGAUCGUGAUAGGAAAGGACAAGAAACGCUUGUAAACGUUUUACGUCAUCGUGCUUGGUGCUACCCAAAAUAUAUCGAAACAUUUUUAUCUCGCGAUAGAAGGUAUGUUCUCUUCUUGUCAACUUCAAAAGUAAUAUUUUAAUUCUGAAUCUUUACAAGUGAAAGAUAUUGAUUUGCAACUCGAUUCAUUUAAUUCUGGCAUGGGCAACAUUUAAUUUCGCAGUUUUUAUCUUUUGAAAUUUUAUCUAUCUUUGCAUAUCUCUGUGUGUAUAAAAACAUGAUUUUUCUUAUAGAUUUCAGUUCAACUGAAGUUCAUUCACAUCGAGUCAGUAACAUAUAAUUAUCAUCUGUCGAGCUGAGAUAAAUGAAAUAAUAAAACAAAACUAUAAUAUAAAAUGUUAUAAAUGUAUAAUAUUAAUAAUAUACUUAAUAUAUUGGCCAAUGUCAAUCAUCAAAUUUUUUAAUUACCGUGCAUGUUAUAUUUUAUUUUAUUUGAAUUAUACAAUAAGAUUUCGUUGGAGAAAAAUUUUAAAAAUCGCUGAAAUAAUUAUCUAUAUUUUUAUAUGAACAUAAACAACUUAGAGGAUCUCAUAUAAAACGUAAUGACAGGCUGCUGGUGCACUGCUAAUCUAAUGUAGCAUAAAAAUGCAGAGAGGAUUGUACACUUCUGUAGAUGUCACUUCCGUAGUUCUCCAUUAUCAAAGGUAAUAUAGUAGCAAAGAUAAUAGCGAUAGCGAGAGAUAUUUUAAAUUUAUAUUAUCAAAUUAGAAAAUUUACAUAUCAGAAAAUGUUUUGCGUCAAAAAGUAUUCUCAUAUAUUUUUACUCUGCAAGAUAACAACAUUUAUUUUUAUUAAAAUCAAUUAUCUGAAAAUUUUUUAUCAUCCAAAAAAUCUACUUUUAAUAUAGUGUGUAAUAGAGAUAUUUUUAACAUAAAACUGAAAUGUAUAUGUUCUUGUUGUAUAAAUAAAUUGUUUUCUUCCUCAUCAGGAUGAUAUUUCUAAUGUGCAUAUUGCACAUUAAAUUUAGUAAAAAUAUGAAUGAUGCAAAACAUCUUUGAUGUGUAUAGAGAUGUGUAAAGAAUUUUGGGUUAAACUAAAUUAUUACUAUUAUUAUUUUGCUAUUAAUAAUUAAGAUUAUUAUUAAUGUAUCGUACUUAAUAGAACCAAUUAUGAACGAACAUUUAUCUGCAUAUAUUCUUUUACAAAAGAAUAUCCCUCUACAAAAGAUAUGAUAGAUUUAUUAUCGAAUUUAUCAUUGUUAUAUAUUGUUUAUUGUAUUGUAGCACACAUAUGAUAGAUGUAGCAUAUGUAUGACACGCAUACACAUAUACAUAUAUUAUAUUACAAAGUAUUAUAUGCUCCUCAUAUAUCCACACUUCAAAAUGAGAAAAUUUCCAUCAAGAAAUUUGAUACACGAUAAAUUUACGGUGAAUCUUUUGAAAAACUUUAAUAUUUUUUUGUAUGUGCGAAAUAAUAAUAUAUUGUACAAGGAAAUACAUUUUAAUUAAGCAUGUACCAAAAAUAAUAUUUUACGGGAUAAUAUUGUUUCAAAAUUACGCAUCAUUAAAACACAUUUAUGUGUAUGUAUAUCAAUUCUUUUUAUUAAAUAUAUAUAAAAAAUAUGUGUAUAAGAUACAACAUUACAUGUAAAGCUGAAAUCAUACAUAGUGUAGUAAUACCCAUAAAUUACAUCAAAGGGGGUUGAUACAGAGUGAUUAAACAUUGAUAAAUAUUUUUCAUUUUUCAUAUAUAUACACAUAAUUGUGCUUCUAAUAUCUGAGAAGUUCUCAUAACUCGAGUGUAUAAAACCUUUUUUAUUACACAUACAAACAAAUAUAAUAUAUUUAUAUUAAUUAAAUUACAGGCACAUCAAGAAAGUAAAUAUUAAAUAAAUCAUUAUAAAUAUUUUUUAUAAUCUUUCAUUUAUAUAGAGAAAUUCUCUCUUAUUGCACAUAUCGCCCUUUUCUAUUAUUUAUUAUGCAUAUAAAGUUAUCUAAUUAUUAAGUUAUUAAUUGAAAUUAAUCUUGAAGGCUCUGCUGAAUCUAUAUACAUAUUUCUAUACACAAAUAGUAAUAUUGUUUUAUAUAUUCACAAAUUUAUUCUGUCACAUGUUUUAUGUAUUAAUCCCCAUUGAUUUACACAUAACUAUUUAACAAAAUUGUGCGAUGUUUACAUGUUGCUUUACUAUUGCAAUAUUCGUAUAAAUGAUGCCAACAUCAUCUAAUGCAAAUUAUCAUCCAUAACAUCCAUAGCAGAAUCGAGAUUUUAAUAGCCGAAAUAAAGAAAUAAAAAAUGGAUUUACUAACAAAGUAAAGAUUUUCUCAUUUGAAGAUAUAGUCCCUUAAAAGUUGCUUCUUUAUUUGAAAAUUAUUACGUAACAUUUUUUAACUAUUACUUUGUCACUUAGUAGCUUUUUAAAUUGAUUAGUAAUAAAUUCGAUCAUUAGAAUCUUAUUUGCCUAAUCCCAGCUCUGUUAUCAAUAUCAUGUGUCAUAAAUGUCUCGAUUUAUUGCAUUGUUACGUCUUCUAUUUUCACAUCAUCAUAGUUGCUGUGACUAAAUGACACCAAAUACCGCUAGAUAUUUAUUAUAAAUGUUUCGCAAAUGUCGGAUUACAAGCGUAAGUAUACGUAUGUAUUCUCCCGUAUUUGAACAAUUUCUUUCUUAUUAUAAAUGCAAUGUAUACAAUGUAUAGAUUUUUAUGCUCAGAGAGCAUAAUGGUUUAACCAUUAAACAUUAAAUGGACAGAUUUUGCAGUCUUGUUCACAAUGAUUUACUAAGUAAUAUUCUCUCAUUCAAAUAUGCAAGAACAUUUGUUACAGAUUGUUGAUAUUCAAAGUAUCAAUUAAUAUUAAUACUAAAGUAUAAUUUAAUAAUAUUCUUAUAAAGUCUCGGAUAUACACAUACAUACAAUGCUGCAAAUCUUAUAUUAACUGUACAGUUAUUUCAACUAUUAACACAAGAAUUUAUAUGUACACGCCUAGAUCAUUGUUAGAUAUUUAUCGUUUUAUCGUUAUUGUGUCUCUGCAUAUGUGCCUGCAUAUAAUAUAUACACAAUUAGAACUUAUAAUGUACACAUAUACAAUGUAUAAAUGGCAGCUUUACAAAUCAUGUGUAUAAAACUCUACGUACAAAUUAUCCUCAUAUUCCUGUUUGUUCAGGUAAUCAAACAAAAUAUUUCUAAAUUUUCGAAUGGAUUAUUUGUAACAUAUAAUCAUGAAGAAUAUUCUAGAUUUGCAAAUGAAAAUUAGUGGGUAUUAUUACUGGAAUGGUUUCACUCUCGUCGUAGGUAUAAAUAACAUAAUAAUCGGGAAUGUAUGUUAAAUAAAUUUAAUGAAAGGAAAAACGCAUUUAUAGAAAACUUUUGGAAUAUAUAGUAAUUGAUCACAGAAAACAAUGCUCUAUGUAUGUAUCUUUAUAUGUGGAUAUGAUUUGCAUUUUCUAAACUUUCUAUAGAGAAAGAUUAAUUCUACAAAAGUAGAAUUAGGAAUAAUAUAUUAACAUAUUUUAUUACAAAUGUUGGAAUGUAUUAAACACUAAAAUUCCGAUAUAAUUUGGGCGAAGAAAUUACAAAUAUCCACUCUUGUAGAUAUGGAAAAAUGUUACAAAUAUCCAUUCUUGCAGUAAAAUAUAUAUCUACAUAAUUAUAUAAAUUAUAUAAAUCAUAUAUAAAUUAUAUAAAUUAUGUAUUUGAUAUAAAACUUCCACCAGAGACAAAAUAGAAUAAAAAUUUUAAAUAUUUAAUGACUUUCCCCUUUGACUCAAAUUAAAUAAAAAUUGUCGUAUCUCCUUACCAUAAAUCCUUUUAGAAUAUGGCUUAUAUUUACCGUUAUACAUUUUUUUCCAGAGACCCAGUAUAUAAAUCUAAUAUAUAAUGCAAAAAUAUUUUUGUUUCAUUAGCUUUGGUUUUAAUAAUAAUUAUAU